AUGCUACCAGGGAUAGCGGGAAGCGGCCUAAUGAUCAGUGCAAAGAACGCAUCUCUUCCUCUCUGUAGCUCUUCACCCGUAUCCUUUCCAGUGCCCUUCAGACUAUGGGCAUCUCUGUCCCUCGUCAGGCCUCCGCGUUCCCACCAGCUGUGCUGGAUGGAUAUCAUGCAGCCAGUAGCAGAUGAGAAGGGAGAGGUUUACACUAGUAAAGAAGGACUCAACGUUGACAUGGAUUUUACCCGUCUGAAAUCUGAAAUUGAAACACGUGUUGAAGCCAUGGGGGGAGCGAAGGCGGACGUGCUGGUGCACAGUUUGGGUUCCGUUGUUUUUAAUUACUUUCUUAACAAGGUGGUGGAUCAGCCCUGGAAAGACAAAUACAUAAACUCAUACACACUUGUAGCUCCAGCAACGGGGGGGAGCUUCAAAGCUAUCAAAGCCAUUCUUACUGGCUACAACGACCCGGUGGACCUACGGGACCUCUCCCGCAGUCUUGGUUCCAUCUAUGCCCUCCUGCCCGAUAUCGACCUGUAUGGGCAAGACCACUUGGUUUUACGACAGUUGCUACCUAAGAAGAAGGGUUCGUUUUCCCCUGCAUUCUCUCCUUUCGUGGAUGGAGGACCAAAUGGAAAAGACCCGACGACUACAGCAGCGCAUGGUCGCAAUCUUGAGCUCAGGAGAUUGUCAGAAGCAGCAGCACCAGCCGAAGGGGGGGAGCAAACGGUGAUGGAAUUUGCGCAGAGUGACAGAAACAAAGAAGCGGAGGCAAUGUUGUCAAAGACACAGCAGGAGAGAGAAAAGCUGGUGCAGGAGACGACGAAUGCUCAGGUUGAGCAGCGGACGCUGCAGGUGCACCGUUACGCAGCAGAGGCGCAGGAGAGGAUGGAAGCGAUGGACCGUCUGGUGACGGAAGCAGGAGAAGACGUGCAAGAAAUCAUUUACACCUUGGGCAACUGGACGACUCUGUUGCCCCCAGAGUUGCGAGUUCGUGCGGAAACUGCGAGAAAACAUAUGCAGGGGAUCUUGAAGGACCCGGGGGUUCCUACAAGGUGCAUUUGGAGUGUAUUUGGCUUCCCCUCCACCGAUGUCGGUUAUAUCUACGCGGGGACAGACCUUUCGCGCAAACCUAUCCCAGUUCUCGACGUUGGGGAUGAUACCGUUCCUUUGCGGUCACUCUCAGUUUGCGCCGGAUGGCCGUCGACGUUUGAGAUUCAGCUGGUACCAGGCGUACCAACACAUCCCCUUUUGAAAGUGAUUUUUAUGUAUGAGGCAGCCGUAAAUCGCCAAUCUAGGAGCAGUGCUGAAAUUCGCUAA